UGUGGUUCUUAUGUAGGGGUGGCUGAGACUCACUGUGUACUAGCCGCAGACUGUGUCAGAGACAGCCAGAGAUACCUAUCAGAGCCCGGGACAUAGACUACAGCAAGCAUGUGUGGAAUUUUUGCUUACCUCAACUACCGUGUGCCCCGCACCAGGCGUGAGAUCCUAGAAAGACUUAUCAAAGGUCUACAGAGGUUGGAAUACAGAGGAUAUGACUCUGCAGGUGUCGGUAUUGAUGGCGGCAAUGAAAAGAACUGGGAGAACAACGCCAAGAAAAUUCAGCUCAUUAGGAAGAAGGGGAAGGUCAAGGCUCUGGAUGAAGAAAUAAACAAGCAAGAAAGCCUGGACCUGGAUAUUGAAUUUGAGAUUCACCUGGGCAUUGCACACACCCGUUGGGCCACUCAUGGAGAGCCCAGCCCUACCAACAGCCAUCCACAGCGCUCUGACAAAAACAACGAGUUUAUCGUGAUCCACAAUGGCAUCAUCACCAACUACAAAGACCUGAAGAAGUUCCUGGAAAGCAAAGGCUACGAGUUUGAGUCUGAGACUGACACAGAAACCAUUGCCAAGCUUGCGAAAUAUAUGUAUGACAAUCGGGAGAAUAAUGAGAUCAGCUUUGCCACCCUUGUUGAGCGGGUCAUCCAGCAGCUGGAAGGUGCAUUUGCUCUGGUAUUUAAAAGUGUUCAUUUUCCGGCUCAGGCUGUGGGAACCAGGAGAGGCAGCCCACUUCUGAUGGGUAUACGGAGUGAGCACAAGCUGGCCGCAGAUCACAUCCCCAUAUUGUACCGAUCAGCAUCACAAAGCAUCGAUUAUCCUCUAGAGGGAAUAUGCAUAAUAGAGAAAGAAGCUCUGGAGAAGAAAAGCAGCUGUUCCGUGCCCAGGAUAGACAGCACCACUUGCCUCUUCCCUGUAGAAGAGAAGGCUGUGGAAUAUUACUUUGCAUCAGAUGCCAGUGCUGUCAUCGAACACACGAACAGAGUCAUGUACCUGGAAGAUGAUGAUGUAGCUGCUGUUGUAGAUGGUCGUCUCUCCAUCCAUCGCAUCAAGAGAAGUGUUGGAGACCACCCAGCCCGUGCAAUUCAGACCUUACAGAUGGAGCUGCAGCAGAUCAUGAAGGGUAACUUUAGCUCCUUCAUGCAAAAAGAAAUCUUCGAGCAGCCAGAGUCCGUAGUAAACACAAUGAGAGGACGAGUCAAUUUUGAUGAUCUGACAGUAAAUUUGGGAGGUUUGAAAGAUCACCUCAAAGAAAUUCAAAGAUGUCGAAGACUAAUUCUCAUUGCCUGUGGAACCAGUUACCAUGCUGGAGUUGCUACACGUCAGAUCCUUGAGGAGCUCACAGAGCUUCCAGUCAUGGUGGAAUUGGCUAGUGACUUCCUGGACAGGAGCACUCCUGUAUUCAGAGACGAUGCGUGCUUCUUCAUCAGUCAGUCAGGAGAGACGGCAGAUACUCUUCUUGCAUUGCGUUACUGCAAAGAACGGGGAGCACUGACAAUGGGGGUCACUAACACCGUUGGAAGCUCCAUUUCAAGGGAGACAGACUGUGGUGUCCACAUUAAUGCUGGGCCUGAGAUUGGUGUGGCCAGCACAAAGGCAUACACCAGCCAGUUUGUGGCACUGGUCAUGUUUGCACUUAUGGUUUGUGAUGACCGUAUAUCUAUGCAAGAUCGCCGCAAGCAAAUUUUACACGGUCUGAAAAUGCUGUCGGACAACAUUAAGGAAGUACUUAGCCUUGAUGACGAGAUUCAGAAGCUGGCAGCUGAACUGUACCAACAGAAGUCUGUGUUGAUCAUGGGCCGUGGAUAUCACUAUGCAACCUGCCUGGAAGGCGCCUUGAAAAUUAAGGAAAUCACAUAUAUGCAUUCAGAAGGGAUCUUGGCUGGGGAGCUGAAGCAUGGUCCACUGGCCUUGGUAGACAAACUUAUGCCGGUCAUCAUGAUUAUAGUGAGGGAUCAUUCCUACAUCAAGUGCCAGAAUGCUCUCCAGCAAGUGGUUGCUAGACAGGGACGUCCAGUGGUGAUCUGUGACAAGGAGGACACAGAAACUAUUAACACAAUCAAACGUACAAUUAAGGUUCCUCACACAGUGGACUGUCUUCAAGGAAUACUGAGUGUGAUCCCCCUACAACUCCUUGCCUUCCAUCUUGCUGUUCUCAGAGGAUAUGAUGUGGAUUGUCCAAGAAACUUAGCCAAGUCUGUGACUGUGGAGUAGAGUGGGUGGAAUCCGUAGACGACACUAUUUCUACCAUUUCUAUAUCCCAAUUUUUACUUUUAUAUUUAUGUUCCCCUCAUUUCCUUUGUAUUCAGUCCAUUUGCAGCACCUGCUGCUGCAUCUUGUGAAUCUGGAAAACCAGAAUAUUGUACAAAUGUAGUUUCUGUUGUAAACAGACAGAUCCUUGUAGAAUAGAUACUAUUAUCUUCCUUCCUUUGCAGUAACUUUGACAGAUUUCUAGUGAUUUGCACUGACUUUCAUGCCAUGUCAGAUCCAGCACUUUAAAACUUUGUCCAUAUUACUAUCUUACAGCCCAUGUAAAGAUAUGGACCUUUCCAUCUGCAAAUGAUAUGUGCCAAGAGAUAGUCUGCUGUCCACAGUCACCUUAUGACUGCUGUCUGAUCAUUGCUGUGUGUAUGUGAUGGGAAAUGACAGAACCAAUCAGAGGAGGUGCUCUUACUGAGAAUGUGAUGCAAGCACAAAGACUUACUAGAACUGCCGUGCCAUUAUUUGAUGGCCUACAGCAGGAUAAGGUCCUACUUCUGAUUUUUAGGUUUUUCGG